UAACCAGGGAAGUUAAUUAAUUCAAUUGGUUGUGUGAUUCAGCAACUUUGUGUUGGAUCAUCUUACACCAGUGAUUGUGCAGUGCAGAGCAGACACUUUGUCAUUCGGCCUCAUGGAGCGGGUGUUGGGUGGUGUCUUGGCACUUGGAGUGCUCGGUCUGGUCAGUGGUUAUCCCUCCGGUGCUCCGACUGGUGCCUGCGAGGAUAUGAUUCCUCGCCACACUGGGGUAGAGCCUCAGCAUUCACCAGCUCCCUAUGUUCUUCUCACUAACGCCAAGACAUUUAAUCCGGGGAAGCCCAUUACAGUGACCAUCACCGGACCGGAGUACAGAGGUGUGCUUCUGGAGGCUCGAACAAGCGGCAAAACCGACGCUGUGGGGACCUGGACGCUUCCUCCUCCAGACACCAAGUUUCUGCAGUGCAGUGGAAAUCCACAAGGUGCUGUUACUCAUUCCAACACCAACGUGAAAGGUAACACCACUGUAUACAGAUGGACGCCGUCCGACUCCACAAGCCCUGUCUACUUCAUGGCCACCAUAGCUCAGCAGCGCACAGUUUUCUGGAUUAAUGUCAAGUCUGUUACUCUGACCAGAGGACCACCAGGAGCUAUUUAUCUGACAACAGGUGAAGCAGGUGAUAGUGCUCAGAUGGGUGAAGGAAAUCUUCUGCUUCUCCUCAUCACAUGUUUUCUCCUAAUGGUCCAAGUGCUGGCGUGAACCUGACGUGAAAAGAAAAUGUUUCCGCCCCAAUCACAGAAAACUCUAUACUGUUUUCUUACAAUUAUCUACUUUCUCCUCUUCAAUGGCCUCCUGCAAGUGUAUGAGGUAAAUUUGCAUUAUGCAGUCUCAUCUGUGUGUUCUGUCAUAUUUAAUAUGGAUGAGAGAUGAACUGGAACACUUUUACAGACCUGAGCUGCACUUUAAAUAAUUUGAGGUCUUUAUACAUGAACACACAUACAUUUUUAAGAGUAAGGUAUAAAUAUAGAAGAGUGGAGAUAAUACGUUUUUAUUAUACACAUAUUCACAUUAAACUUUAUUCACCAUUUCACCUAUGUUUCUAUUUACCACUUCAUCACAUUCCUUUGCUGUAAUGUAAUCUAAUGAAUAAAAGAUGUUGUGAUCAAGAUUGCCCGAGUUGUAGUUGAUAGAUCGUUUCUAUUACUAUAUUGUUACCAAAUCUAAUAAAAUCAUUAAACUUCACAUUUUUUACAAGCAAAUACAAUGAAAUGGUAAAAACAAACAGAAAAAGAUGGACAAGAGUCCAGCAGUGCUCUUUUGUUAUUGACUGAAAAUCAUUCAACUUAUUGAAGCGCAUGUUAUGACCUGUUUUUUUCCACAUCAUUUAAUGUAUAACCCAGAUUAUUCCCUUGUGUGGUAGUAAAUAAAAACCCAGUCAGGCCCUAAA